CGAUAGUUUGGGUCCCGCCAGACCCAUGCCAGUCUACCCCGAGGACAGUGCCCUAGGCUCGGGGGUUAGAUGGUGCUGAUCACGGACGACAGAGAUGGAGGAGGCGUCUCGUCGGUCCGGGUUAAACAGCUCCAUCAGCAGCAGAAAGUCGGAGGAAUCAUCACCCAAGUCCACCCGACUAUUAUCGAGGAGCCGCCGUUCAACUCCGAAGACGAGGACUACCUGGGUUCAUGCGAGGAGGACGACGACGAAGAAGAGGAGGAAGACGAUGGAGAGUUCGAAGAAGUUGACUUUGAGGACUUGGAGGAUUGUCGGAGCAUCGCGUCGGACGACUCCUUCUACCCUCCGGAUGAUGUGUUCGCGGACUCGGAGCGCACCCCGUCCCCGGAGAGCCCGGAGCCGCUGUCCCUCUUCCAGGCGUGCUGCACCAACAACGCGGCUAUCGUCCGGAUAAUGAUGCGGCACGGUGUGAAGGAGGAGGAGGUCAAGGAGAAGGACAGGAAUAACAGGAUCGGGCUGUUGGUUGCAUGUUACCAAGGUUAUGUGGACGUCGUCAUAGCGCUGUCUCAGUGUCCAUAUCUGGAUGUCAACUGGCAGGACAGCGAGGGAAACACAGCUCUCAUCACUGCUGCUCAAGCAGGCCACAUAACAAUCACCAACUAUCUGCUGAACUACUACUCUGGGUUGGACAUCGAGAGGAGAAACUGCCACGGCUUCACCGCUCUGAUGAAAGCCGCCAUGCAGGGCAGGGUGGAAUGUGUGCGCUCGCUCAUGAUGGCAGGAGCUUCACUGAAUGCCAUGGAUUUUGGCCGCCACUUCACUGCGAUUGAGUGGGCCUUCUUUACAGGCCGUUAUGAAACUGCCUGGGUGAUGACGCGCCUGAUGGAACGGCCCUGCCCGCUCCAGUACUGUGAUACAUUUAGUCUAGAGUGGCCCCCACUGGCAUCACUAGCAGCCAAAGCCCAGGAGCCCCGUGGCUGUCUGAAGCGCCUGUCUGACACUGUGCGGAACAUCUUCAACAUCUCGAAUGUCACCAACCCCGAGGAUCAAGGUGUUAUCGACCACAUGGUUUUUGUAACAACUGCAAUGAGGAGCCCAGUCAUUGCUGUGUCAUGCCAUUCAGUGUGUCCUGACAGCCCCCCAGGUGUGGGCAAACGGCGUUAUGCAGUUCCUGAGAUCAUCCGCCAACAGCGUGCCAAGGAGCUCCGCACCAUCAACCCUGACAGAGUGGAUAGCCACCUCAAACUUUUCCAGAACUCCAGGGUCACACUAGUGGCCAAGAACGCCGCUGACCGCAGGGCCAGCCUUCAGGCCCAGAGUCUGGUGGCUCGACACAGGAGCUCCAGCCUGAGCACGGUGGCUUAUAACGACGCUCUGGAGCUGCGGAGAACCAGCCUGCUGCCCAUGCACAUGGUGCUGAGGAGGAGCAGCGUCAGGCCGGGGUUCAGCAUUCCCAAAGUGAGGAUCUCCAAGGCCCCCACGCCCACUUAUGAACCAGAGAAGAUACGGAGGAAGAGCAGCUCCAAAGAUGGAGGGGGGCACAUGUUGCAACUACCAAAGUGGCGGUACAAGGAGCUAAAGGAAGAAAGGAAGAAAGCUGAGGAGGCUGAGAGGAGGAGGCUGGAGGCUAUAACCAAGAGACACCUUGCUGCUGGGAAAAAGAAAUAAUAUUGCCUCAGAGGAUGCCAUGCACACUACAAAAUACUUUUUACUAUGAUAUGAAUAACCAGAUGUGUUUCUAAAAGAGGACAAAAGAAAGGCUGUAAGGGGGAGGCCAGUCAUCCUCUUAAUAAUGUCUGCCACGGCUCUGAAAGCAAUAAAUGCACAAUGCUCAGUAUUCUUCAUGAUGUCAAUCAGUGACUACCCAGGGGAUUUGAUACUUGAAAUGUUUUUAAUUAACUUAUUUUUCAUAUUUAUUGCUUUUUGAUGGAUGGCCUAGUCUAUAUUUUGUCAAGCUCUGGUUGUUCAAUACAGCAGUGUUUUUGUAUGUAGGACACUUAUUGACACAAAUUCUCUCAGACUGUGACCACAGCAUAAAUUAGUUAUUAAAGGGGUUUUAGGAUGUCAUUUAAUUAUUCAGUGGAGAAUACAAAUAGGUGUGUUAUAUUGACUGAGAAAUAUAUAAAAAUAUAUGGCAUUUGACAGCAAUAUUUUAGAUCAUUUUUUGUUCUGCUUUAU